ACUGUGCUUGUUGGUGUUCUUUUAAAUUAAAUCAAGCGUACAAAAUGAAGACUGUAAUGCAAACGAUAUGGCUACUAGUUACAAUUUUGAUUAUUAAUAAAGUUUGCUGCCAAGAUGGAUACAGUGACCAAGACUUUUAUCGGCUACAGCAGUACUCUAAUAAUAAUGCCCAGACUGAAGCUGUUACCGGUUAUAAUACUAAUAUUAUGCAAAGAGAACCGCACAGUCAGUCAAUGACUUCUGCUGGUGUACAAUAUUUAAGCGACGAGAACAACAAUGGUGAUUAUAGUCGAGGAGAUCGUAGUAAGGGUCGAAAAGUUUACAGGAUAAAGAAUCCAUUUCAACAACAACAGGAGGAAGACAAACCUUCUCAAGAUACCGAUACCCAAGACAGCGAAACCGGAGCUAGUAACCAGUAUACGGGUAUGCAAUAUUCCUUACCACCUGAGGAUUUCUUACAAAGAAUGAGAGCGGAAAGUCAAUACCACAACCAACAACAGUUAAGUACUCCAGUUUCUGCGUCACCGUACACAGCUACUCCUCAACCGCAAUAUCAAUAUUCAACAAUUCAGCCUUCGAAUUAUGAUAUAAAUCAACAAUCUAAUCAGAUAUCAUCCUUAGAGCCGAAAGCAUAUACACCGGUUUAUCAACCGAAUAUAAAUUCAUUUCAGUACAGUAAUCAAAAUUUAUAUAAUUUGGAUAAUGCACAUAGCACACCCAUUCCGCCUUACAUGUCCACCCCGUUACCGAAUACUCAGUACUUAGGGACGCCAGUGAAUACCUAUGUUUCUAGUUCUUCACCAAUAUAUCUGUCUAGCCCUCAAAAUGUACAACAGUAUGUUUCUUCGCCUAACACAAAUACUCAAUCUGGGGUAUUGGAUUACAAUAAUAACAGAGUAACUACUAUAGGAAGCAAUUAUGAAACCAAUAAUGAUGUAAAUAAAAGGAGGCAAAUUGAUCAUUAUGACAAUUCUAACAAUGGCGUAAGAUAUCCUACAAAUAUUCAAAAUCAAUAUCAAAACGAUUAUACGCCAUCAACAACUUCACCUACUUUAUCGACUUAUCCUGAUUCUUGGCAAAAUUCUUUGAGCACCGGCUAUAACGUAUUAUCGAAAUCUGAAAAUGAUUACCUGCAAACGCAAUAUCAAAAUUUAAGAUACAAUAAUAACCAGAAAGAUAAGCAAGAAACAAACGCGGAUGUUUCUAAUGGUGAUACACAUCGUAUCGGCAGUAUGCAGUCAGCCAAUAAUGUAUUUUUAAAUUAUAUUCAACCUGAUUAUCAAUUUUAUAGUAACGUUAAAAGUCAAAGUAGAGACUCUGAACCAGAAACAAGUCAAUCAGAAGUUUAUUCACACGGUGACUAUGGAUGGAAAUUAUCUGAUAAAAAAUCUUCGUAUGAGCCAGAAAUAUCCUCUAAAAAUAAUUAUUUUAAAUAUCAAAUACAUAGUGUGCAACCGGAUUCUGGAGCGGUAAGCCAAGUGAGUUUUCAAAUGGAUUCUAGCAAACCAUACAAUUAUGAAACAAAUACUAAGCCUAUAGAAGAAAAAAAAUUAGAAGCAGAAGAGUUUGCUAGAGCUGCUGUAAAAGCACAUGAAAAAUAUAAACAACAAUUAGAAGCUGGUAAAUAUCUAUCAAAUUCUCAAUAUAACAAUAAUGUUGUAAGCAACUCAUUCGGUGUCGAUUCGUAUUAUAAUAAUGAUAAUAUGAAACAAAAUAACAAAUUGUAUAAUUAUAAUGCUUAUGGAAAUUCACAGUCAGAGGCCGUUACUUCAUCUCCAUUUUAUUACAUCAAUUCAAGGGAUAACUUAGAUAGUAGAACGAAACAACCUUUUGAUCAUGACAAAGCUUUAAAAAAUAUCGUUUCUAUUGAUAUGUCCAACGUUGUUCAAAAUUCAGAUUCAUCUGUAAAGACUGAUACAGAUACAAGUAAUCGAUUUAAUUUUUAUGGGCACAAUAAAGAUGCCGAAGAACAAAAUUUUAAACAGUAUUCAAGACUGGCCGAUUCAUUUUAUGGAGAUAAAAACAGUCUUUAUGCAAUAAAAUCAAAACCAGAUGAUUAUAUAAGUUUGGAUAAACUGAAACAAUCAGAAUAUGGAAAGCAUCAGUUAGCCGAAUCGUUUUAUAACCUUGGUUCAGGAAAUAAACGUCUUAUAGAUGAAAUGACACAAACUCUUGCAAAGCAAAUAUCAAAUAAUCAACAGAAUAACGUCCAAUCAUCAGCAAGUAUUAAUCAACAAGGAUUACAACACUCUCAAAUAUCAUCCGAUAUUGCCAAUAUAUUAAAAUUUAAUGAUAUACCCUACCGCCUAACUCAAAGCUUAAAUUCUAACUCUCAAUAUCUUCGGAACAACAACUUUGAUCAAGGUAAUAACCCAUCACCUUUACCUGCACGAAUCAAUCAGAAUGUGGAGAACCAUCAUAUAGAUGUUACAGCAGAAAUUCUUAAUAAAUUGAUGGCAAAUAAUAAACCAGCUAACUUGAAAAUGAAUAGACCUGAUACUGACUUGCAGUCUGGUAAUUUAAUAUCAACAAUAAAUGGUUAUAAAGUUGCUAAUCCAUUCAACGUAGAUCUUAAAUUAGUUGCAGAUAUGCUAAAAGGGAAAGCAGCUGUUGAUGAGAGUCAGAUGACUUCAUUUAAUAAUAAGCCUUUACCUAUUAAAUUAGAUGUUUCGCAAUUACAGCAACUUCUUCAAUUUAAAAACGAAAAUAAUGCUAUGGCCCUUAACAAUGGUCUUAGUUCAAUUACUAAUUCCUUUUUUGAUAUUUAUAAUAGUGGGCGAUCUCCUUACCAAGGUGUUAAAUAUUCACGUAGUGAAGAAGAACCAGAAAAUAUUCCUCUAGCAGACUCUUCAAAUAAUCAUCCAAUAGGAGCAGUUAUAGAACAAGAGGGUGUAGUAGCAGGAGAGAUAAUAGCUGAUGGAUCUGAAUCGGCAGAGGAUGAUAUUUCAUCAAAUUUAGACGAUGAUAGACCAAAUAAUGUUGUUAUUAGCUCUGGUCAAAGAGGUUUAGGGGACAGGCAUAGGCAAAUGAGUACAUACUCUAGUCGUCAUUCCUAUAAAAGGAAAUAUCCUAAGUCAGAGUUUGAGGAACCUUACCCACUUCUUAAGCCCCCACCUCCUCACUCUUCACGCCAUCGUCAAGGGGAAAAAAGCCGGCGACGAAGAGUGAAUAAGCCUAAAAUGCUAAGAGUCUUUAAAACUGAACCCUUAUAUGAAGCUGGUACAUUUAUAGACGAUGAUAUAAAGCCAAUACAUAUGAAACAUGUACAUGUAAUAGCAGAGGAUAAAUCAGAUACAGUAAAUGAAGAAGAGACGAUGUAGGUCGU